ACAGGAGCUCCAUCGAAACCAUCAGAGCGAAUUUAAACAGCGUUUUUCGUGGAAUUGAGAGGAAGAAUACUCAGGAUACCAAACAAAUUCUGGAGGCUGAAAAGAAAUGGAUGGUUGAGUUCAUGUCGACCCACUGGGAGAUUAACAGACUGAGGCGCGAGUUGAUACUUCAGAAGUGCGCCAAGUAUCCAGAACUGAAUGGAAGUACUCCUAUUUCCGACAACACAUUUCAUCAUAUUUACGUCAGUGACAAGUAUAAGCUGUUAUACUGCUUCAUCCCGAAGGUUGGUUGCAGCAACUGGAAGAGAGUGAUGAUGAUUCUUAACGGAAGCAACAAAAGCAUGAGCGAGAUGUAUUCUGGUGAGGUUCAUGAACACAACAACAUGACGCGGCUCAUGAGUUUCCCGCCCGAUGCGCGACAACAUCGGCUGAACACGUUCACGACGUUCAUGUACGUCCGCAAUCCGUUCGUGCGCGUACUCUCUGCCUACAAAAAUAAAUUCGUCAACAUAGCUCAGUAUCGAAGUAGCAAGUUCUUUCAAGAUAUCGCGAGGAGGAUCAUGAAGCAGAUGAGACCUAAAGCAACAAGUAGGGAACGGAGAACAGGCGAAAAUAUAACUUGGAUAGAGUUUGUAGAUUAUUUGACGCAGCCAACACGGCCAAUCUUCGACGACCAUUGGGAAGAAAUGUUUAAAAUAUGUUCACCGUGUAAGAUAAAAUACGAUUAUAUCGGCCAUUUGGAAACCAUCGCACAAGAUGCAAAGUUUAUGAUCAAAGAAUUGCAGUUGGAUUCCUUGGUUGAGUAUCCAUCCAAGGAAAAUAGCCAUCCGACAAAUAGCACUACCUUAUUUGAACAAGAUUUCCUAAACCUACCCAAACAAACAAUACAGAAAUUAUGGGAAAUUUACAAAAAAGAUUUCGAAAUAUUUGACUAUCCUAAACCAGAUUUUAUAACAGAUUUUUGACAAGCUUUAAAUAGAAGUGAACGAUAGUAUACCACUAUAACCUGAUAACUUAACGAAAUGCGUAGAAAAUUGGGUAGGCGAAUGUUUUUUUUUUCUUUUCUUUUUUCAUCAUAUCCAACAAUAUGGAAGUCGCUAUUCUUUUAAACACCACUACACCUGCCAAAAUAAAUAUGUUUAAAAUAGAUAUUGGAGGGCCGAUUUUGUAGUUUUAGACCUGAUAAUAUAUGAUUAGGGGUUGGCAGAUAUAACCUUUUUAGGGGAAUUCAUUCAAUUUCAGAUAAAUGAACUUGCCAUUUUGGCUGCUGAACAGAUAUUAAUUAAGAACUUUUGUUUAAGAUUACGUCCGAUAUUAGUUCCGAGCGAUUUUUUUCAAAAUGGCCUCCGAAUCCCCCAUCAGUGUUUUAGUGACAGACGUAAGUGAUCAUCUCCCGUUAUUUUUUUUUGCUACCCUCAAUCUGAUAUUAUAAUGAUAAACCUGCUGAUAUAUUCAAUACACUAAGAGAAGCUUUGAUGACUCAUCGUUACAUAACUUCUUUAUAAAGCUUUCUAACUCUGCAUUUGAUUAGUUCAAGUAACAACGUUUAAACAAAGUACAAUCAUUUUAGGUAUAUUUUUUAGUCUUUACAAUGACUGCUUCUCCAUUAGAACUUAUUCCAAAGAAAAAGAAUAGAAAAACAUGGAUGAUUAGGUAGCUUAAAAAAAAUAUGUUUAAAAAAGAAUAACCCAUAUAAGAAAUAUAUAAAAAAAUCCAACAAAUUUAAAUGAAGCCAAAUAUUUAAAAAAAAAUAUAGAAAGAUUAAUGAGUGGACGUCAGUCAAUAAUCUAAUUGUGAAUAUUUCGAAAACCAAUCAUAUGUUGUUUAAUACGUGCAACCAUAAGAUAGAUAACUUGAAAUUAUACUAUAAUAACUUUGAAAUUCCUCAACUUCACAAUGUAAAAUUUUUAGGUAUUUAUUUGUACAAUUAUCUUGGAACUUUCAUAUCAAAUAGGUCUGUAAUAAAAUUGCCAAUAAGAUUGGCGUGGUAGCCAACCUUAAAUUUUUGCUUAAAAUUUCAGUUCUUCAAAUGUUAUAUCAUGCUUUUAUCACAUCUACCAUUAACUAUCGAGUGAUUGCACGGGGAUUCAAAACUAAAUGAAAUAUACAGAAAAUGUUUAUUUUACGAGCAAUCCCUCUAUUCACAUUACCUCUCUGGAAGUGCACCUCAUUUCCAACGAAAUAAUUUCUUACCGAUUCAGAAUAUCGUAUCAUUAGAGACCUGUUUAUUCAUGUACCAAUGCCACAACCAUAAUGUUACCAUUCUACCUUUAUGAUGUCACCUAAGUCUCUUCAAGAUAACUUUAAAAUGAAUUAUUUGUAUCACUCAUAUCAAACGAGAAAUUGUAACAGUUACCACCCUCCUUUGCCACGUACAGCUUUAACGAGACGAUUUUUUAAACAAACUUUUGGAACUCAUUACCUAAUUCUGUUAUUUAUCUUAAUCUCUAAAUCAGUUUAAACGUGCAUGACAUUGUCUCCGAAACAAAACACUUCUAAACACAGCUUUCCUUUUAUUGUAAUGAUUUGUUUUCACCCUCCACCCCUUCUCUCUUUCUCUCUCGCUCUCUCUCUUGGAAUUAUGUGUUAUGAUUAUAUUGUUAUUGUUCAUUUUACAUGUAUUUAUAUGAUUUAUUGAUAUUACAAUGGGGUCAAUUCAUACAAGCAGUUGUGCUUUCUUUGACCGCUCCACAUUUAAUAUAUCUCAUAAUGUCAAUGAUUUGCAUAUAUGUAUAUAUUUAAUUGUGAAAAUAAAUUUGAAUUUGAAUAUUUAUAAUAAUGAGCAUAUAUAAGGCUUAUUGGUUUGAAAGAGGAAGAAAUUAAAAUAUUACUUUAAAUAUUAUUAAAAACAAAAUAAGGCCACAGGACGAAUUAUUUGUUUGUGUGCUCUUUAAAAAAAAGUAAUGUUAAAACUACGGUUACACUUCGUAAUUUCGAGGAUUCUUUAUUCAGAAGGUUCGUUAGUUCGGAGGUUCGUAAUUCCGAAACUAGACAGUCUUUAACAGGUCCCUUUUCAAUCAGACCAGGGCUCCGUAACGCAAAGAUUAGCGAUCAAUCGCUAAAUGAACUGACCAAUCAAUAUCAAUGUUACACACGCAUUAGGUUUGAAAUACUGACCAGGGACCAAUCAGUGCGGCUCUCUCAUAUAUAUUUGCAAUUCAUCGCAAACAUUUGUGUUACGGAGCCCAGAACGUAUAUCAAAAAAUUCUGCUCGCGCUUGCAGUAAUUAUUUAGUUACAUACGCAUCUUGUUCAGGAUCACAAACAUUACCCAGAAUGUGCAAUUUGCAGGACAAAAUAUGUGAAGUUUCCGAAAAUUUUAGCGCGCGCUUCGUGUUCGCACUAGUUAAAUAGGGCUUAUGAUAUUAUUACAUAUAUAUAUUUAUAAGGAUAAAGCUAAGAAGUGACUGCCCCUUCAAAGAAACAAACAAAAAUCAACUUUGAGCGGACGAUCGGGGAAAAUUUGGGUGAAAAAAUCCCCCCCCCCUAUUGGCGAAAGCUGGAUCCGCCCCUGCAAGCUGAAAACCAACAAAAUCUUCAUAAUCACUGGUAUUUGACAGGAGCCCCAAACAAUAGUCAAAUGUGACAAAAGCAGACAAUAAAACAAACAGAUUUCCAAACUUUACCUCUUGUGUACUAUUCUACCCCCAGGGGCCCGCGAUUCAUAGAGAGUUACUAUUGUUGUAACUCUGCCAUUAUGACAACUACCAUGUAUGAUUGCAACAGGGCUCAGCAGCCAAUCAAGGUUACCAUGGUAGUUACCAACAAUUGUAACUCUUUAUGAAACGGGCCACCGGUCUAUACAAUGCCUUUCGUUCUCGAAUGUUAUAGCUUACACAACGUCUUCAUUUUAGAUUUUUAAAAAAUCGCAAAUAAAAAGUCAUUUGAGAAUAGUUGAUCAUAAGCUAAACGUGAACUGGCUUGUAAUGAAACUAGGCAGAAUGUCAAGGUAAAUUUACUUGACACAUUCGUAAUUCAGUUAGUGAACAUUCAAUGUAUGUAUAUAUGUAUGUAUUUAUGUCUUUCCUCAUUCUCAGGACCCUCUUGUGAAUCAAUUUGCAUAAUUGAAGUGGCUACACCCUGGUAAAAGAAAACUGAAAUAAAUAACGUGAAUAAAUUCAAUUAAAGU